CGGGCGACAUUUUUAAACUCGGACCUGUUAGCUGGUGAGCGCUCCGGUACUUUGGGUCGGCACCAGGUAAAGGGAGCCAGGAGGGUGCUGUGUCCGCUGCUUUGAGGAAAGGCUGAGGCUCCUCGUGGGCGCCAUCCGGCCUGACUCUGUCUCGGGGCCGGGAGGGGCCUCCGUGCCCGGGCCCCGCCAUUGCCCACAGACUCCGCUGGGACGGCCACGCCGAUGGGUGCGAUUCAGGCCACACUGUGCAGCUAGCAGGAUCUUAGUUUCCAGACCAGGGAUCGAAAUUGAACCUAUGGCAGUGAAAGCACCAAGUUUUAACCACUGAACCACCAGGGAGUUCUGAGAUUCAUUUUCAGUGUGAAGUCAACAAAUGGUGUUUCCCUUCUCUACUGCAGGAGAAAAAAGCAGGUUCCACAUUCAGCAGAACCACUUAUGGACCCUGCACUGGGCUCUGUGACCUUUGAGGACGUAGCUGUGUACUUUUCCCAGGAGGAAUGGAAGCUUCUUGAUGAGGCCCAGAGAUUCCUGUACCACGAUGUCAUGCUGGAGACCUUUGCACUUGUUGCAUCAUUGGGACUUUCAUCUUCUAGGUCCCAUGUUGUCCAGCUGGAGCUGAGAGGAGAACCUCAGGUACAUGACAGAGUGGACAUGACUCCAGACAGAGCAAGAGGGGCUCAAAUUGGGCCUGGACCUGGGUGUUGGUAUAUAGCAGAGAACAAGCAGACACCUUCUGAGCAGGAUGUUUCUGUAGAAGUGCCACAAAUAAAUACUUCAGAGGCAGACCUGUCCACUCUGAAGUCCUAUCCCUGGGAGAGGUGCUGCCUGUACUUAGAAGGUGGUUUGCAUCUAGCUGAGGACCUUGGCACAAACCCUGGCCAGAAACUCUGCGGGGUGGGUGUGCAGUUUCACCAGCACAGUGGAGAGGAACUCUUUAGAAGAGACAUGAGUAAGACCUUUAUGAAGAGCCGCACCGUCCAUGCAUCCAAGAAGUCUUUCACAUUCCAGGAGCCUGGGAAAGAUUUCCCUUGUAGCUCUGGCCUUCUCCAGCACCAGGUCACUCCACAAAAGGACACCGAGUUUGUAGAGGCCUUUCACAAUGGAGAAAAGCAUUACAAGUGCAGUGAAUGUGGGAAAGCCUUCUGCCGUAAAUACAGGCUUGCUCAGCAUCAGAGAGUCCACACUGGAGAAAGGCCUUAUGAAUGCUGUGAAUGUGGGAAAGUCUUUAGAUGCAACUCCAACCUUGUUAUACAUAGAAGAAUUCACACUGGGGAAAGGCCUUAUGAGUGUAGAGAAUGUGGGAAGUUCUUUAGGCAAAAUGCCCAACUUAUUGUGCACCAGAGAAUUCACACUGGAGCCAAGCCUUACGAAUGCAGUGAAUGUGGGAAAACCUUCAUUACUAAAAGCAAACUUGUUCAGCACCAGAGAGUCCACACUGGAGAGAGACCUUAUGAAUGUGGAGAAUGCAGAAAAGCCUUCACCUAUAAACGCAUGCUUGUUCAGCAUCAGAGAGUCCACACUGGAGAGAGGCCUUAUGAGUGCAGUGAAUGUGGGAAAGUCUUUAGGUACAUCGCCAGCCUCAUUAAACAUAGAAGAAUUCACACUGGGGAAAGGCCUUAUGAGUGUAGUGAAUGUGGGAAGUCCUUUAGGCAAAGGGCCCACCUUCAGGUCCACCAGAGAAUUCACACUGGAGCAAAGACUUACAAGUGCAGUGAAUGUGGGAAAUGUUUUAGCCAAAACUCUAUUCUCACUACACACCAGAGAGUUCACACUGGUGAAAGGCCUUAUAAGUGCAGUGAAUGUGGAAAGUGUUUUAGCCAAAGCUCUACUCUUAUUAAGCACCAGAGUUCACAUUGGAGAAAAACCAUAUGAGGAGAACUUUGAGGAGAAUUCUUUAGCCAACGCAUCCAGCUUACUCAACACCGAAAAGCUCACACCCCAGAAAGGCCUCAUCAGUGCAGCAGAUGUGGAAAAGUUUUCUGUCAAAGGUCUACUCUGACUGAGCACUAGAAACUUCACAACUCAGAUAGACUCUAUGAGUACAGCAAAUGUAGGAAAGCUUUUAGCCAAAGGUCGUACCACAUUCGAUACCAGAAAGUUCAGUUGGAGAAGGGCCUUCAAAUGAGAUGAGAGCAGCGAAUGAGCUGUCUCCUUAGUUAAUACAUCAUACUGAAUAGACUCUCUGAGGAAGUCAUCAACUGGAAAUUGAAUGCCACACAUUUGAAUAGCCCUCGUGUGCAGAUUGCCUAUGAGUACCGGCUUCAUAGGAAGCCUUUCAGGAGCUACGCUCUACUUUCUUACCUGUGCAAGGCCUUUGCUGGACUCAAUAUCACUGUUUCGGAAACAUCUGCAAUAUUAUGGCUGUCUCUCUGUGAUCAGCGAAGACUACAUUCCAUGGAAAUCUGGGAUCGUCUCCUUUAAGAAGCGUGAAGCCCCGCCCCCGUCCUCAGAGCCUCCCGGACACCUUCCCAGGAGCCCCGGCAGUGAGGCGGGGCUUUUCCUGUAGGCGGGGAGCACCGCCUCUUGCCAGGUUCUAGAGGCCUGUGAACUGCAUUACCCGGAAAAAAACUACUCCAGUUCGUGGGCCAAUGAAGGCUCAGGAAAGAGUCACUUCCGUUCUAGAGGACGGAGUCUGGGCGGCUUUUCCGGCGUCGACUGAGGUCGUUAUUUUGUAAACUCGGCUGUGUUCACAGGCGGGGAACUUCGCAACGCUGUGAAGGCCAGAGGUCAGGGAGCCAGGAAGGUGCCGUGCCCGCUUCUCUGAGCUUCGUCUGAGGCUCGGCGUGGACGCCAUCCGGCCUGUCUUGGGCGGUUGGUGCCGCAGUGCCUGGGCCCCACCUUCGCCCACAAACUCCGCUGGCGCCGGCGCAGAUGUGUCGGAUUCAGGGGCCUGUGACCUUUGAGGAUAUGGCUGUGUACUUUUCCCAGGAGGAAUGGAAGCUUCUUGAUGAGGCCCAGAGAUUCCUGUACUGUGAUGUGAUCCUGGAGGCCUUUGCACUUGUAUCAUUGGGUUGUUGGCAUGGAGCAGUGCACAAGGAGAUAACUUCUGAGCAGAAUGUAUCUAUAGAAGUGCCAUGAAUAAAUACUUCAGAGACCUAUCCAUCCAAAAGUCCUGUUCCUGGAAGAUGUGUAGCCUGGCCUUAAACAGUAAGUUUGCAUCUAGCUGAAGACCUGGGAACAAUUCCUGGCCAGAAACUGUGUCAGGUGUGAAAUUUCACCAGCACAAUGGAGGGAAACUCUUUAGAAGAGACAUGAGUAAGGCCUUUAUGAGGAGCCACACAGUCCAUGCAUCCAACAACUCUUUCACCUGCCAGGAGGCUGGGAAGGAUUUCCCUGGUAGCUCUAGCCUUUUCCAGCAUCAGGUCACUCCACAAAAGGAUGCUGACUGCACUGUGGUGUUUCACAAUGGUCCAAGUCUUU